AUGUUAAGGUUUUUAUUUUCUUUAAUUUUUUUGAUCCCUUUGUGUUUUUUAAAUUUUUGGUGAUUGAUUAAUUCUUUCUUGUUUUUCUUGUGUUUGUCUUUUUUUUUUGUUUUUCCUUAUUUUUUUUGUUGGGGUAAUCUUAGUUAUUUUUUAGGUUGUGAUUAUAUUUCUUAUGGUUUAAUUUUUCUUAGAUUUUGGAUUUGUUCAUUGAUGUUGUUAGCUAGAGAGUCAGUUUUUCGUUCUUCUUAUUUUUCUGAAUUUUUUUUGUUUAUGAUUUUGUUUUUGAUGAUUAUAUUAUUUUGUUCGUUUGGUAGUGUUGAUUUGUUUUCUUUUUACUUGUUUUUUGAGGGUAGACUUGUUCCUACUUUGUUUUUAAUUUUGGGUUGGGGUUAUCAGCCUGAGCGUCUUCAGGCUGGUAUUUAUUUGAUUUUAUAUACUUUAUUUGCUUCCUUGCCUUUGUUGAUUGGUGUUAUUGGGAUUUAUAAUUCUUCUGGUUUGCUGUGUUUUUUUUUUUUGUUUGAUCCUUGUUUGUCGAGAGUUUUUUUUUAUUUUUGCAUAGUCUUUGCUUUUUUGGUUAGGAUUCCUUUAUUUUUAGUUCAUUUGUGGUUACCUAAGGCUCAUGUUGAAGCACCUAUUUCUGGUUCAAUGAUUUUGGCUGGUGUUUUGUUGAAGUUGGGUGGUUAUGGUUUAAUUCGUGUUAUGGUUUUUUUAGUUAAUUUUUCUUUUAAUUUGAAUUUUUUCUGGAUUUCUAUUAGUUUGUUAGGUGGGUUUUUGGUUAGAUUGGUUUGUUUGCGUCAGACUGAUUUGAAGUCAUUAGUUGCUUAUUCUUCUGUUGCUCAUAUGGGUAUUGUUGUUUGUGGUAUUAUGACUGUCAAUUAUUGGGGGUUUUGUGGUUCUUAUGUUUUGAUGAUUGCUCAUGGUUUAUGUUCUUCUGGUUUGUUUUGUCUUGUUAAUAUUGUUUAUGAGCGGACGGGUAGUCGUAGUUUAUUGGUUAAUAGGGGUUUAAUGUGUUUGAUACCCAGAAUGUCUAUAUGGUGGUUUUUAUUGAGAUCUUGUAAUAUAGCAGCUCCUCCUUCUUUGAAUUUGUUAGGUGAGGUUGUUUUAUUUAGAAGUUUGAUUUCUUGGUCUUGGUUGACUAUAUUGAUGUUGGGGGGUUUGUCUUUUUUUGGUGCUGCUUAUACUUUAUAUAUAUAUUCUUAUAGUCAGCAUGGUAGUUUUUAUUCGGGUAUUUAUUCAUGUUCAAUGUUUUAUGUUCGUGAAUUUUUAUUGGUUUUUUUGCACUGGUUUCCAUUAAAUUUGUUUAUUUUGUUUAGAGAUGUCGUUUCUUUUUGGUUAUAA